GUCAUGUCCAAAAUUAUGGGCCAUGCUGGCGGAGUAGUGGCGAUGAGAUCUGACCACGUGGCCUCUUGUUUCGGCCACGUUAUACUGACCCUGUGUAGGCGCCCGGUUGACCACCUUCGUCUCGACUCCGGACGUCUAUUACUCAAGUUGAGCUCGCGCCCAGACCAGAAUGCCCGUCGGGAUCGAAGCAUGGGUCACUCAAAUCCCACCGGUUACGCGAGCAUGGCUUGCACUGGCGGUGCUUACCAGCUUGGCUGUACAAUGCCAAGUUAUCACUCCUCUGCAGCUGUACUUCAGCUACAAAGCUACGUUCACGAAUGCACAACCCUGGCGAGUGUUGACGACGUUCUGGUACUUCGGUCCGAUCUCGCUCGACUUUGUGUUCCACAUGUUCUUCUUCAUGCGAUAUAGUCGCAUGCUUGAAGAGUCGUCGUUCGCGAACCGCAAAGCAGACUACUUCUGGCUGCUACUGCUAUCCGCCAUCAUGCUUCUUGCAAUAUCCCCACUUGUCAACCUGCCCUUCCUCUCCUCGCCACUCGCCUUCGUCCCCAUCUAUCUGUGGUCGCGACGACACCCAUCCACACCGAUAUCACUGUUCGGUCUGAUCACCAUUACCGCGCCAUACCUGCCGUUUGCCCUCGUCUGCCUCGCGUGGAUGCUCAAUGGCACCUGGCGCGCUGCCGCAGGGGAUCUUAUGGGUUGUGCGGUGGGUCAUAUCGGAUGGUUCGUGCGGGACGUUUGGACGCGCGAAAUGGUCGGGAGACCGACGUUCCUGAGCGAUGCGCCGUUGGCUUUGAAACGCCUACUCGGAGACAUCUGAUGCCGUAUGAAAGGUACAUCGCUAAUUUAUAAAAGCUGGUUUCUGGAUGGAGCUGUUGUACACGAUCAACCUUCGGACUGUGAUUAGUGUCUCGCUAAUAUGU